AUGUCAACAUCAUCAUCUGCCAUUGCAGGACCUUCGCAGUCCAGAGUGGAGACCAAUUCACGUGGCAUCCCGCACGCUCCAUUCAUCUCCAAUGUGCAGGAAUACCUCGGUGGGCCGGAUGAGGAUGUCGAGCCAACAUUGAAAAAGUUUCAGGAGACCAUGUCCAAGUACAAGUUCAUGGAGCUCAACACAGCUCAACGACGUCGAGGCCUCGAAGAAAAGAUUCCAGACAUUCACAAAACCCUCCAAAUGGUCAACUUCUUGAAAGAAAAAAAGGAUGAUCCAGAAUCGAUAGAGACUACGUUCGAGCUGAACGACACCCUCUUUGCAAAGGCUAAGCUCGAUCCUGUCGACAGCGUCCACUUAUGGCUAGGAGCAAACGUCAUGCUGGAAUAUCCGAUCGACGAAGCCAUCUCCCUGCUAACCAGCAAACUCUCUGGUGCCGAAAAGUCACUCGCAUCCUCCAAAGAAGACCUCGACUUCUUGAGAGAACAGAUUACCAUCAUGGAAGUCAACACGGCUCGCGUACACAACUGGGAUGUCAAGCGUCGUCGCGAACGUAGAGAACAGCUCGAACGAGACGGUCUCACAGAAGAAAAGGACGCUGCCAAGGCGUCACAGGCGUCCAGGUGGCUUUCGGACGAUCGUGAUACCAGUGAGCGCCCGGCUUUAAGUAGGAAUGAGACGGGGGAAGAAUCAAGCCGACGAGGCGUAGCGGACGCAAUCAAGGAUCAGCAGCACGCGGGAGGGACAGAGAGCAAAGCAGCGGACAAAGCCUCGACAAUGGCGACAGAGCAGCAAAGCGAAUCAGAUACCCAAAUACCGAAAGCUCAGUCGAUUGAGAAACCGGAUGACAACGCAGCAACAACGAAGAUUGACGAGGCAAAUGGUUCCACAGGUACAGCGACAUGGGGCCAAAAGCCAGACGCUGCUCAGUCGACCUCAACCUCGAGCACCGAGACUGUCACCAAGUCCGCACCAGCCGAGCCUAACGCACCAUCUGUUUCACCUGCCAGCUCCUCCAACCCCAACCCCAUAGACCGCAUCAGCAACCUCCCAACAUCCCUCACAUCUCCAGCAGCAGGCGACCUCGCAUCAUCCACCACCCUCAUCGUACCUCCACUCAACUUCUCAAUGGUCUCCCGCGGCAUCUACCGCUCUGGCCAUCCCAACGAGCGCAAUUUUGAAUUCCUCCGCCGACUCAAUCUCAAAUCCGUUCUCUACUUGGGCACCGAAGAUUAUCGCUCAAAUAUGACCAACUGGACCGCCUCCCAAAACAUUCGGGCAUUCCACCUUCGACUAGCGAUCAACAAGGAGCCCACAGCCGAAAUGGACGAAGUUGAUGUGGUCAAAGCUCUGCAGCUGAUCUUAAAGCCUGAAAAUUGGCCCAUCUUGAUUCAUUGCAACAAGGGAAAGUACAGAGUAGGAUGCAUCGUGGGGCUGGUGAGAAGGCUGCAAGGAUGGAGCCAUACAAGUAUCUUUGAAGAGUAUAGCAGGUUUGCGGGUACCAAGAUCAGCGAUCUGGAGUAUAUUGAGGUUUUUGAUUUGUCGAAGGUCUCUCUGACGAGCUGA